UUAACGACCAAUGAAGAUUCCAUUUUGCACGUGAGAUCAAAAUGGCUACGGCCGGUGAAAAUGAACUGACUCAAAUGUCUUGUGAAGAUUUUGGGGAAUUUAAGGAAGCAUUGAAGGUGCUUAGACUUAUUGAUGACAAAAUCAUCUACAAGCUAAAUAAAAGUAUUCCAACGGAUUCCUUUGUUGGAGAAAUUAAUGCAGAACAAAAAUGUCAGGAACUUUAUAAUGAGUUGUUGGGUGGCUAUAAAACAAGAGAUCAAGCAAUCAAGAAGUGUAUAACAUUAGUUUCUGAAAAUGCCAAACAACUUCGUGAAAAAAAUGAAAAGAACCCAGAUGAUUUUCAAAUUAUGAAAGAUCUUAGAAAAGAACAAACCAAGCUUAGGUUAAUGCAAUCAGAACUUAGUGUAGAAGAGGUUAUACAACGACGAACUGUCAAGGCUUUCAAUGAGCGAUGCUGGAAGUUCUUUAAACCACCACAAUAACACCAGCUUACUCCAUUUAGGUGGCAUUACUUUUUACCUUCAAGUAGUUUACAAUAAAAUUACUUACUAUUAAGAUCUUUCACAAUAAUAUUUGAAAAGUGACUUGCUAACCUUACUUUGUGACAAAUUUUGCCGUGUGGUUAGGCUGCGUAGGGAUUUUGAGGGACUUUUUGGUAUUAUGUGUAAUCAUUUUGCAAGUUCUUGGUGCAAACACAUCUCACAAAGUUAUUGUCAGUGAUGUUGAACAGGGUGUUUCAUUGUUUCCUAACUGGGCCACAUAAUUCUUUAUACCGGCGGCUCCAUGGCAGUAAGAAAAGAUGCCAUUUUGUGAAUUUGUUCAAAGACGUUAACCAAACACAGUGAUUCGGAACCAAGCUCAACUUGUUGCAGAAAUCCCAAACCAUUGUGAUAUUUGUGUCAAAAUGUUGUAAAAUGUCACAGUCAUAACCAGACAGCUUUGAGACAAGAAAAAGUGUCCAUGAAUAAUUAUGACUAGGGUAAGUGUCUUUGCAUGAUAGGUUUCUGCCAACAGGAGAAGCCUGUUAGCAAAGGUUGACUUUACUACCUGUUUCUUUUUUAGAAUAGGAAAUAUUGUUUUCCUGCUCUGUAAUCAUGAUUAAAAUAUAAAAAAUAAUUUCUGUACUCAGAGCACAAUUAAAAAUCGUAUUUAAAGUGUUAUAUUUCGUUCAGUUCCACCCAACUUCGUCAGCCACAAUAAAAAUUUGAUGUGAUGUUCAUUAUGGUCUGGAGGAGGCUAAAAUGGUUUUGUACAUGUUGGCUAAUUUAAAGUGCCUAUGAAGUAAAAAACAAUUGCGGCUUAUUUGAAAGGCUUUUCAAAGUA